UUGACAUUUUCUUUGGUUAAAAGAUUUACGUUUGCCACAUCUAUUAAUGUGUGUACAUGACCAUCUGAGCUGCUGUCACCUUUUACUUCCAACUAUUCAUCUAGGACGAGACAAGCAAUUUAAGUCUUAGGAAUUGACAAGGAAUAGCGAUUGUUUAAGAAUAUCAAGAGCUAUCAAAGAUGAUGAAUACUGAGGGUGAUUAUACAUUGUGCAAUUUAGAUGCGCAUUCUUACGGGACGGGAUACAAUGUAAAUACACAGGACGGUACGGGGUCUAUCUACGGGUACUCUAUGAAUAGUCGUUCUAUAGAUACUGGACAACAUGGAUACUAUAACACGGAUAAUAGCAACAUAAAUUUAUCACAUGGCGGUGUGGACCUGUCACUAGUAAAUGGACAUGUGGUUUCUCAACAUCAAAAUGUAAAUUAUAACGUGAAUGGAAAUAAUUCUAUGAUGGGGAGGGGAGUUCGGGGCACGGGAUAUCAAGAAAUAGACGGCCAAUUGGCUCAGUGUUUGGACCCUUAUACAGGACUUGCGGCAAUUAACUGCGACUCACAAACUUCACAUGGGGGCAUACCACCCCAUUCCCCAGGCGGCGGAAGAUCGGUGUACGGGAGCCCGUGCAUUGAUUCUAUGGGACAGUGCUCAAUACCAAAUGGAAGUCAUACAGCCUACCUCCCUCAGAUGACACCCCCCUCACCGGUGAAAUCAGAGUCCCCCUCACCCCAAAGUUUACAAGCCAAGCCGUUUAGGUGGAUGCAGAUUAAAAGGAAUCCGGGUAAACAAGCAACGGCUCCACCAAUCACAAAAGCCGGCGAUUAUGGUUACCCAACUGCUCAGACAGCACAGACAGCCGGAGGUGCAGGAUCGAAUAUGGGUCGGACAAACUUCACAAACAAACAACUUACUGAAUUGGAAAAAGAGUUUCAUUUUAAUAAAUAUCUUACCAGGGCUAGAAGGAUCGAGAUAGCGGCUUCACUGGGAUUGAACGAGACACAAGUUAAAAUAUGGUUCCAAAAUCGCAGAAUGAAACAGAAAAAAAGAAUGAGAGAAGCCCAAUUUAGCUCUGCCAAUAGAGAAAAUUGCCAAAUAGGACUAGAAUCAAUGGGCGUCAAUUCAAUAGCUAUGUGUCAUGAUACUAGAUAGACAAUGGUAAACAAAUUGACCCUCAUAUAAUACAAUGAGCGUUCAUUCCCGGUUGGAAUGGUAUGUUCUGUGAAAGUCCUAACAAUAAAAAGCAUAAUCGUUUCAAAGAAUUCCUACACUCUUAAUAUUGGAGUUAUUUUUGGAGUGUCUAUUGUCAUGAACCCGAAAUUAUGUCCGCCAUAUUGUUUCUGUCUAGUCAUACAUAAACACGUGACUUCCUUUUAAGUUGUCACGUGGUGUUUAUUUUUAAGAAAGGCAUCAAACAUAGUCAGUUGUAUCUUGUCAGAAUUUUCGUCGGUAAAAAAAAUUGUGCAAUAUGAUGUUGUUUGAGAAAUUCCGAACAGAUCAAUGUGAAGUGUAACAAUGUUUAAAAGUGCUCACGAGUAUAUGUGUUAAACCUAGAACUAGUCUUGUAGAAAAGGAACUAAGUUGUAUGUCUGCAAUUUAGCACUCAACCGAGCUCAAGUGAUGAUGUUGUAGAAAUUUGGUCAAUUGUACGUUAAAUUGUGCAGUACAAAAACGGAACAUUUUCAUUGCUUUGGUGUGACAUUGCGAUAUAAUACGUGUAAAUUUACUAAUAUGCAUAAUAUAUAAUUCCUUAUUUCCAUUUUGUUUCUUUAAUUUGUUCACGAAUUGUUGGUAUUUUUUUCUGCUUAUUUUUAUAAUGGAAUAAAAUAUAUGUAAAUGUUGUUUAUUUGUCUGAAAUAUGUUUGGUCUCCUGAUGACCUCAUUUGUUUUCUGUCAUUGAAUCAUGUGAGUUGUAAAGGGUUUAUAACUAUUUCAAGUCAUAUCUUUCAUGGUUCAUUUUUAUGUAUUGUAAUUCACAUAGGAAGAAAAGGUUGAAAAGCCCGACUUUUUCAACCAGUGAUUUGAAAAUAACCGUUUUAUGCGAAUACUAAUGAAAAGGCUGUAUGUGAUUUGGUGUAUUUAGCCAAUAGGAAUAGCUAAUGUCUUGAAUAGGUUUUAAUUAAAUUAUAAUUUUUAGGGAUGUAACUAGCCCUUUCACUUGUCACGUAUUUUGUCGCGAUAUUAAAAAUAAACAUGUAGAAAAGAAUGAAAUACGCCUUGCAGAAAAGAUUUUAUGUCGGUUCCAAUGAGCUAAUAAGUGCUUUACAUAGAAAUAUUUUACUUUCAUUUUUUUGCCAUUUUACUUUGAUUUAAAUCAACAAUAA